AGCUGGGACAAUAUGACCACGGAGUCAUAAUUCGUUCUUCAUUAUUUCUUGAUUUACUUUAAUUUUUACCUUCCUAAAUCAUUGAAUAGCACACUACCCCAAGAAGCAAUGGGUUUAACGCAGAGCACAGAUGCACCAGCAGAGGGAACGGAUGGAUAUCACGUUCACGGGGUUCAAGAGAAUUCUCCCGCAGAAAAGGCCGGGUUGGAGCCCUUUUUUGAUUUCAUCAUAUCAAUCGGAAAUGCCAGGCUGAACAGGGAGAAUGACAUGCUGAAGGAUCAGCUCCAGGCUAACAUAGAAAAUCCCGUGAAGAUGGAGGUCUACAGCACCAAAGCCAUGAGUGUUCGUGAGCUGGAGGUGGUGCCUAGUAACAUGUGGGGUGGACAGGGUCUGCUGGGGGCCAGCGUCAGGUUCUGCAGCUUCCAGGGAGCCAAUGAAAAUGUCUGGCAUGUCUUGGAUGUGGAUCCUAAUUCUCCCGCUGCGAUCGCAGGACUGCGGGCACACACCGAUUUCAUAGUUGGAGCAGACCAGGUUUUACAAGACUCGGAGGACUUCUUCUCCCUGAUCGAGGCCCAUGAGGGGAAGCCCCUAAAGCUGCUGGUUUACAACACAGAGACGGACCAGUGCAGAGACGUGCUGGUCACGCCCAAUGGUGCCUGGGGAGGAGAGGGCAGUUUAGGGUGUGGAAUCGGAUAUGGGUACUUGCAUCGCAUCCCAAAUCGGCCAGUCACCCCGAAGACGAGUACAGCAUCGACACCUUCUCCCCUCCCUGAAGAAAACGCCACCCCAGGAUUACCAACAAAUGGAUAUACUGAGGUCUCCCUGAUGGCUGCCUCAGGCCAAGUUGAGAAGGCUGAAAUGGCCAUGGAAAAUGAACCAGUCAAUCUUCCUGAUCCACUCCUGGACUGCUCCCUGCCACCCCCGAUCCAAAGGGUCACGGAUCCAGGUUUCUCUGAGCUCACAGAAGGCCCCAUCGCUGAGCUCUCAGAAGCGGCAGACAGGCUGGACUUGUCGGUCUCAUCCAUCGACAUGACCAAAACAUCUCUGCUCAUCGAGGACGGGGGCAGUGACGACAUCUCCGGUGUGGAAGAACUGGCUUCAUCACUACAGGAGAACCUAAUGGACCUGGAGUGUGAGGAAGCAAGUGCUGAGCUAGCAGUGGACCCCGCCCCGUUGUCUGUACAACCCUUCCCUGAUACCGCAGAUGUGUCCCUCCCAGCUGACUCACCCGCCCUGCCUGUUGACUUAUCAGUGUCGGUCGACGCCUCUUCUCUCGUGCCUGACUUGUCAGCUGCAGCUGCUGACUCCCAGCCAGCUGACCCCACCCCCCUCUCAGUUGAGUCUCUCUCUCCACCUGCUGAUGACUCCACUCUGCUGAUGGACUCCUCCCCUCCACCUGAUGACUCUGUCCUGCUCACUGACCCCUCCCCUGUGAUAGCUGACCCCUCCCUUGUGAUGACUGACUCCUCCCCUGCGAUAGCUGACCCCUCCCCUGCGAUGACUGACUCCUCUCCCCUGACCACUGACCCCUCCCCUCUGAUCCCUGACCCCUCCCCCCUGAUCAUUGACCCCUCCCCCCUGAUCCCUGACCCCUCCCCCCUGAUCCACUCCCUGCCUGCUGACCUCACCCUGCCCACUGACAGCGCCUCUCUACCUGCUGACUCCUCCCCCAUAAGCGUCAUCGCUGAUGUCACAGACAAGCCUGGCCAGUCAGAGGACUCUGCUGCAGCUGAAGCACAUACUCUACAGGCUCAGAAUGCAGAGCUCAGUGAGCCCACUGCGGACUCCAUUACCCAGCGGGAGGAGGAGGAGGAGCAGCUCCACGCAGGGUUUGGGUGGGCCCUCUGCGGCACUGCUCUCGGGACCGGGAUGACGAGGUUGGAGGUCCGAGCAGGAGUCGGGGGGGGGACGACGGGCGAGGCGGCAGGACUCUCGUCCCCCCCCGGGGCUCACGAGGACUUCUGUCUGUAG